GCUCCAGACCCCAGCAGGACGUGCCCCUAAGCGCAGCCGGGCACCGCAGAGUCUGCCCCGGUGAUCAGUGCCUCUGAUCAGCGCUCUCUGAGCUUCGGGCUCCGGCACACACAGCACAGCGCGGCCGGAGACAGAGCCCCUCACCCUGGUGUACUUCUCAGACUCUGUGCGUGUCGACCUCAGAGCGCACAGGAGCACCACUGUCACGUAGGUGGACCUGGGCACGCGCGUGGACUAUUUACCUGGGGCGCGUGCGCGUGGACGGCAAGAUAUUUGGAUGUGAAUUUGGAUUAUUUUACGCUACGAUUUGGAGACGUUUACGCACGACCUUUGGAGGCGCACGGGGCCCGGUGUGGGCGAGGGGCCGCUGGGCACAGUCCUGAUGGAACAGCAUGAGGUCUCAGAACACCACGCUUCGUGAGACGGGAACCACGCACUGCGACCCGGGCACAAGUCCCAGGGCGCACCGCUGGAACCAUGAGUGCAGCGCGGAGGACCAGUCUGACCCUGGUUUUUACAUUUUCAUUCACAUCGUUCUUCCUCUUCUCACAACAGGUGGCCUCAGCUCGCCCUCAGUCCGGGUCAGACCAGUCCAGGUCUAGUUCUGGGUCCUGGUCUCAGCUGAAUGAGUGGGGCCCCUGGGGGGUGUGGUCUGUGUGCUCUCGGACCUGUGGGGGCGGAGCGUCAGUCCGUGUUCGCACCUGUGUCACCAGAAACCCAGUGGGACGACCCUGUUCAGGAGACCCCCGACAGUACAAAAUCUGCAACAUCAAGUCCUGUCCGGCAGGUGCAGUGGACUUCAGGGAGCUCCAGUGUCGGGCUUUUAACCAUCGGCCACUCGUCUCAGGCUCUUCCUUCACCUGGAUGCCCUUCCACUCAGGAUCCAGUCCCUGUGAGCUUAGUUGUCUUGCUGAAGGACACAUGUUUUAUUUAAACUUUGGGAAAGCUUUGGAUGGAACGUCAUGUGGAUCUGAGCCUGGGUCAGUCUGCGUCAAUGGCCACUGCCUGAAGGCCGGCUGUGACCAGAUCCUGGGCUCCGGUCUCACUGAAGACGCCUGUCUGAUCUGUGGAGGACUCAACCGCACCUGUCUGCACCACCAGGAAAUGUACAGGCCUACAGUUUUGGGGUACUCGGAGGUGGCCAUGAUUCCUGCAGGAGCCACUCACAUCAGAGUCACCGACAACAGCAGGAACUACCUCGUUUUGCAGAACGGGAGGUCAGAGUUCAUCAUAAACGGCCACUGGACCAUCAGUCGUCCGGGCGAGUACCCGGCCGCUGGCACCAAGCUCCAGUACAGACGCUCCUCCGACCAAUGGGAGAGUCUGGAGCUGAGUGGGCCAACCAGGGAGGAUCUGCACCUGCUCGUGCUGUCCACGGAGUCGGGUCCCGGCAUCUCCUUCGAGUACUGGCUCCCUCCAGACCAGUACUUCCUGUUGCAUGGCCCCAAGAGCCCGCUGCACCAGGCCCCCCACUCUGCCUCUGUUACCAUGGCAACACCAGCAUCUGUCUCCACGGAAACAACAAAAGCCAUCACCGCCAUCCGACCACAGCGCCGCGUCAACCGAGUGAAGCCUCCGCGUCAGACCUCGUCCCUUUGGCUGAAUACUCAAACUGAACCAGAACUCAACCAACAUGUGCCUCCUCCGGGUCCUUCUCAAAGGCGCUGUGGAGCAUGUCCUGCCAUCAGAGGGCGCAGGGAGAGACAGAGACAGUUCUGCUCCAAAGACUUUGUGGUGCGGGCCUGGGUCCGGUCGGUUCUCUUCUUGGGGUCUGAGUCCCGGUACGAGAUCGAGAUUCUAGAGUCCUACAGGAACCGCUUUCCUCUGUUACACCGUGAGUUCCUGUGGGCGCCCGACCAGUGUUGCCCCCUCCUGGAGCGCGGCAAGCAGUACGUGCUAAUGCUACGACGUCACGUUAACCACGAGAACACACUAAAUCGUCUCCUCCUUGAGCCGCGUGACUACAGCGUCCCCUACAGGCCACGAGAGGACCGGCACAUGAGAGAGCUACAGGCGAGCUGCGGUAACAGAGGAGACCGGUUAUAGACUAGGACUAAACCCGGACUAAACCCGGACUAAACCCGGACUAAACCCGGACUAAACCAGGACUAAACCAGGACUAAAUACCAGAUAUAAACUGACUUUAGAAUUAAAACUCUGGCCCACAUUUGGGCGUGCUGCUGUUUUCUCGUCCAUAUAAGGCACUUCCUGUCUUGGUGCAUGAGCGUUCCUGAAGGUGAUGCUGUGGAGACCAAAGCACUUUGACUAAAUCUGUUUUUCUUUGUUUUGUUUUUUAAAAAAAAGAUAAAUAAAAGUUUGAGUUUUUAAUAUAACAUAAAGAACAUAAAGUAAAACUAUACUCCUUAAAUGUGCUCAUCACAUUUGAACAGUGAAUUAUGACAAAAAUGUCUUUUAAAGUGCAUAUGGCAGGUUAGACUCAUUUCUCUAAAAAAUAGUUAACAUUAUUAGAUUUAAGAUUUUACUAAAGAUGCCUAGUUUUUUCUAGUUAAGCGUAAUUUUUCAUGAAGCUUAUAAUUUUAGUUUCUGGUUGGACAUGAGCAGUAAAUGUGAUGUGCAUAGACGUAUGUUACCUAUAGCAACAAUAAUGUAAUCAAGGGGAAAAGCUUGUGUAAAUAACACAAUAAAAGCCAAAGUUAAAUCUGUCAACUGGACAAAAAGUUGACAGAUUUAACUUUGGCUUUUACUAUGGAUCAGACCUGGACAACUGAGACAGUACACAGAUAAAUAACACAAUAGUUAUGAUUACACUAAUAAAACACCUUUAUUUAGUUAAAUGAAGGUUUGAACUGUCAGAGAAAUGCCUUCCAUGUGCGUAAAUAGUUUCAGCAUUUUGGAUGCAGUUUUCUGUGUUGAUGACAGAGGUUAUCUGCGCUACUUCCUGUAAUUUUGUACUUUUCUGUUUUCCACAAACUGCCACUUAACUGAUGUAAAACUAUGAUAAUUAUUCAGCACAGGCACUAUCCCAAGUCAGAAUUAGAAAAAUAUAUUAAUCUGUCAAAUGCACUUUCAUUUAAAUAAAAGUGGGAAAGUAAACAUUUAAUGUUCUAAAAACAUUAAAUGUUGAAAAACUCUGAAAACAAACCACCAAAAUGUCAGACCAGGACGCCUGGAAUCUGACUUAGUUUGGUUUAUUUGACCAGUUUUUUGUAUUUUUAUUAAAUUACAUUUAAAAGGUGAAUUUAUAACUUUUAUCCAAUACAAAGAAAAGUCUUUUUUAAACAUUUCAAAUCUUUCUUUUCCAGAUUUUUUUAUUUUUUUUAAUUUAAGAACAAACUGUUAUUACUGUUAUUAUUAUUGUUUUAUAUUCAGAUAAUUAUUUUUGUCCCAUAUUUGUAUUUUUUGCCAAAGAGAUUAACAGAAAUAUAAAUAAAAUGUUAAUAUUUCAAA